AUGGUGGGAAAAGGGCCUCAAACGAAGGCCAGAAAAUUGGCCUCGCUCGUUCACAGAAAUGGCAAUGCCUGGGCAGGGGGCAGCAUGGACAGGGAAUUCGAAAAGGCGUACAGGAGUUGGGAGUCCCAGCUUGAUCGGAUGAGCGAAUGGGGUUCGGUUAGCAGUUUGCGCAGCGGUGUGGGGAGUAACGCGGGGAGUUACGCAGGAAGUUACGCUGGGAGUCGCACCGACAUGAGCGAAGUUGGCAUGGAGGAUGGCGUGCAGGAUGACGUGGAGGGGUACACAGGAAGUUACGCGGGGAGUAACGCGGGGAGCAGCGCAGGGAGUCGCACCGACAUGAGCGAGGUUGGAAGCGAGGUUGGCGUGCAGGAUGACGUGGAGGGUUACCUGGAUGAUGGCGUGGCGGAUGAAACCCCCCCUGGAGAACCCACCUUCUUUAUGACUGCCCGAGAAAUGAGCGCCAUGUUCGCCAGGGUUCAGGCGGACGAAAGGAAGAAGUUUACCCAGAUGCAACAGAACCUGAAGAGCUACUGCGAACGGCUAGCUAUUGAUUACAGGGUACCUGCGCACUACGCAGAAAGGCAAUGUUACAAGGUGCAAAAAGAAACGACCGAUUUGUUCGUUCGUAAGGAGAAAUUGUAUCUCCGUAACUUAAGAAAGAUGGCGAAGAAGGGGCAGUUCCCUCGGAGGAAGUUUUUAAAGAACAUUUCUGCCUACCAGAUGCAGUGGAAGGACAUGAGGUGGUCAUUUAACAACAUGUGGAGCAACCACUUGGAGGAGAAGAUGAAGCGAUAUUGGCUGCAAAAGGAGAACUCCAUUGGACUCCGAACGAGCUUCAAUAUGUUUUGGGGUUAA